AACAUUCUAUAUUUUUAGGGAGGUCUUUAUAAAUUACCUAACACUGAGAAGAAAAUGUAUAUACUAUAUACGGUAUGAAAAGGCAUUUUAUUUGGAAAGAAAUGUAUAGCUGACUACUUGGCUAAUCGACCAUGGCUCCAAAGAUAAUGGGAUCUCUUUUUCUGACAGUGUCCAUAUUUUAUCUAUUACUUAUUGAUCAAUGCCAUGGCAAUUAUUCUGAUUUGUUGGUAUUGUCUGAAAAUGUGGCAGAGCAUCACAAAUUAUAUGAUUUCACUCAUAGCUCCCAGCAAAAAAACAUUUUUCAUCCAAGCUUAUAUUUUGAUAGUGCAGAUGUUCAAGGACUAAGGCAGAAAUCCCACACUAGUCAUUUGCAUUUAUUUAGGACGAUUAGAAAUGCUGUCAAUAAAAUGUUAUCUAAUCCCUCUUAUUACUUGCCACCACUAAAGCAUGCUGAGUUUACAGCCAAGUGGAAUGAGGUUUAUGGAAAUAAUUUACCACUGCUGGCAUUAUAUUGCCUGCUUUCCCCAGAUGAUAAAACCGCAUUAGCUUUCACAACUGAGUACAUGGACAGAAUGGGUAAUUAUAAAGACUGGUUGGUUAUUAAUGCUCCAGGGGAUGAGGUACCAGUUGGCCACUCAUUAACUGGUUUUGCCACAGCUUUUGAUUUUUUGUACUGGUCACUAGAUAGUGAACGAAGGCAGACAUAUUUGAAAAAGAUUCAGAGUGUCAGUGAGGAGAUGUAUGAAUAUUCCAAAAUUCGUUCGUGGGGUAAGCAGUUUCUUCACAACCACCAAGCAACAAAUAUGCUGGCAUUGCUCACUGGUGCCCUCGUCAUACAAUCCUACACAGAAAUCCAGGCAAACAUUUGGAAACAAGCUGUUGUUGAUGUGAUGGAAAAGACAAUGUUUCUCCUUAAUCAUGUUGUUGAUGGAUCUUUGGAUGAAGGUGUUGCAUAUGGAAGUUACACUGCUAAAUCAAUUACACAGUAUGUUUUUUUAGCAAAACGUCAUUUUGGUAUCAAUCAUUUUGAAAACAACUGGCUCAAAAUGCACUACUGGUUUUAUUACUCAACAUUAUUACCCGGUUUUCAGAGAUCUGUUGGUAUAGCAGAUUCUAACUACAACUGGUUCUAUGGCCCAGAAAGUCAGUUAGUAUUUCUGGAUACAUUUGUUCUACAGAAUGGAGCCGGAAAUUGGUUAGCAUAUCAAAUUAGGAAAAACAGACCAAAAGAUGGACCAAUGGUACAAUCCGCAGCUCAAAGAUGGAGCACACUUCACACAGAAUAUUUAUGGUAUAAUGCAGAUCUUAUUCCAAGACCUCCUUCUGGGCAUGGAACACCCAAAAUGUACGUGUUUCCAAAUUGGGGAGUUGUAACUUAUGGAGGUGGAUUGCCUAAUACUCAGACAAACACAUUUGUUUCUUUCAAAUCUGGAAAGCUUGGUGGACGGGCUGUUUAUGAUAUUGUUCAUUUUCAACCAUAUUCCUGGGUUGAUGGCUGGAGAAGUUUCAAUCCAGGACAUGAACAUCCUGAUCAAAAUUCCUUCACAUUUGCUCCCAAUGGCCAGGUUUUUGUUUCUGAGGCACUGUAUGGGCCGAAACUUAGUCACUUAAAUAAUGUACUUGUGUUUGCGCCUUCCCCUACUAGUCAGUGCAAUAACCCAUGGGAAGGACAACUUGGAGAAUGUUCACAGUGGUUAAGAUGGACAACUACUGAUUCCGGUGAUGCUGCUGGCGAGAUCAUAACAGCAAACCAACAGGGCGAAAUGAUGUUUGUAAGUGGUGAAGCCGUUUCAGCCUACUCAUCUUCCAUGAAAUUAAAAAGUGUUUAUCGCAUGUUGAUGCUUCUCAAUCAUCAAACCCUUUUGGUGGUUGACCAUAUCGAGAAGUAUGAGGAUUCCCCAGUUUCCUUAGCUAGUGCCUUUUUUCAUAAUCUUGAUAUUGAUUUCAAAUAUGUUCCUUUCAAGUUUCUAAACACAUUUAAUGGCGCCAUGAUGGAUAUAUGGGAUGCCCAUUACAAAAUGUUCUGGGUUGACCAAAAUGGAAAUAGCCCUGCUGCCAAGAUCCAAGAAGCAGAACAGGCUGCCGAGUUCAAAAAGCGCUGGACUCAAUAUGUCAAUGUAACAUUUCAGUUAAACCAAAGAAUUUCAAGAAUUGCUUAUCUAUUUUAUGGGCCGUACGUUAAUGUGUCACAUUUAAAAUUCCUAGAUAACAGCAAAUAUGGAACCAAAAUCUCACUAAAUAUGAAUAAUUCCAAUAGCAUAAUAUCAAUGGCAACUGAUUAUAACAACUUAGAAGCUCGUUUCAGUUUUCUUGGUUUUGGUGGAUAUGCUAAAGUGGAAAAAGAAGAUAAAAUUAUACGUUUUGGCUUAGGAAUUGAACAAAUUAAAAGAAAUAAGCUUAGCAAUAUGAAUGUAUUUCAUUUUGGAUUUAAAGUCAAUAUGAUCAUAGGUUUAAUAUUAUGUGUAAGUUUAGGAAUUUUAGCUUUCCACUGGAGGUUUUAUAUUUCUUUUAGUAAGCUGAUGCGUUGGAUCCUAAUACUGAUCAUAACACUGUGGUUCUUUGAGCUUUUAGAUGUAUGGAGUACAUGUACACAACCCAUGUGUGCAAAGUGGAACAAUGAUAUGUCUGACAUAGAUAAUGACAAAAUACAUGAUACAGACCCUCCUAAUGUUGUAAUUACCUCUCUGCCCGGUUCAGGAGCAGACAUUUUAAAACAGCUGUUUUUCAAUAGUUCUGAUUUUAUUUACAUUAAAGUACCUACUACUUAUAUUGACAUUCCAGAAGGAGGGUUUAAAAUUGAUCCAUUUGUGGAUGCAUGUGAGUGGAGCAGUUCUGAUGUAGAGGAUGGACACUUUCAACUAAUUCAAGGAUGGCUUCAGUCACUUCUUCAAAAUACAAAGCUUCAUCUACAGAACAUUGACUUGAAUGAGCCCAAUCAAAUCAAACUCUUUCAUCAUUUUCCAAUUGUAAAGGAUAAAAAAAGAAAAGUUAAAACAAGGGAACCUUUUCAGGAGAAAAAAAAUAGAAUCAAAGGAAGGUAUGACAGAGACGCUGAAUAUAUAAGGCAGCUUCGGAAACAUAUAGAUAUGUUUCCAAAGGUAAAACCUGUACUUGGUUUAAGCAGUGGAAGCUGGGUAAUAAAACUCCCAUUUAUUCAGAAAAUAAUUGGACCUUCAUUUAGAUCAUUGAUGGUGGUUAGAGACCCUCGCUCAUGGAUUUAUUCAAUGUUGUAUAAAAGCGACCCAAGUCUAUUUUCUCUGUGGAAUGUCCCACAGCGUUUAUCGAUGAUAUUCAACGAAGACGAAAAGCAAAAAUGCGUUUCUAGCACUGGAUAUGCAUUUGAAUACGAGUCCUUAAAAUCUGAACUUUCUCAUUCACAAUCAAAUGAUCUAUCAAUACUUUCUCACCUGUGGUUAUCAAACACUGCAGCAGCAAUCAGAAUAUAUAAAAAUUCACCGCCUCAAAAUUAUCUAUUGAUCACAUUUGAAGACAUUGUAAACUUGCCUGCGGAGACAGCAGAAAAGAUUUAUCAUUUCUUUGGUAUUCCCCUUUCUCCAGCAAGUUUAAAUCAAAUUAUGUUUGCAAGUUCCACAAAUUUAUUUUAUCUUCCUCAUGAAGGAGAGAUAUCACCAUCAAGUAUAAGUGCGUGGAAACUUAGUAUGCCAAGAGAAGAAAUUCAGUUAAUUGAGGACAUAUGUUGGGCAACAAUGGAAAAACUUGGGUAUGCAAAGUAUAUAGACUGAAGGGGUUAUGGCAAAUACUGUUAAACAACUUUAAAUUCAGGCUUAUUAACAAAUAUUCAAUGCCAAUAAGAAUUUUGUGAACAUGGAGUCUAAUUUGCUGCUGGUCAGCUGUUUUUUGCACUAUUGAACUUCCUGUCCUAUACAGAUCUCAAUCAGAAUAAAUAAAUAUAAUGUUUAUUCUUGUAUAUGUCUGUAUACUUAUUUUUUCAGAGAGAAUAUUUUGAUCAUAGUCUUUUAAAAUUUAAACUAACUGUAUCUUGUUAGAUUAUUGUCAAUACAGUUGUGAAUGUUUUUAACAGAAUAUAUGGCAUAUAAUUAUGCAUUUUUUGUUGUCUUAAAUGUCUAUCAUAUGGAAUUAAUUAUAUGAUGUCACAAGGUAUGUCAUUUUAAUGCUAAUUUUUGUUUGGUUCUGUCAAGU